UUUUUUCCCAUGAUGCACUUGUCUUCCCUUCCUAUCUCGCGCCUUCUGCCUGCGAGAGAGACGCGGUCCAUCUUGCGUGUUUCGUCUUCGCAGCGCACUUCGUUGUGCUGAAUAAUAAUGGCGGCGUCCGGAGGCGGAUUAUCGUCACCCAGCAGCGUCGCGGUGGCGAUGAACGCUCAAACGGUCGCCCGAGGUCGUUUCCCGGGUAGGCCCUGUACGGGCCGCGCCAGCCGGCUGCGGCUCGGGAAGCGAACCAAACGCGGAAGACUCAGCUCGGACGACGGGGAGACGUCGGACGGAGGGCCGAGGCCUCUAGACCUCGGCCUCCCGUUGAGCGAGGACCCGGCCUUGCUGCGCCUGCUCGGGGUGACUGAGAAGUACAAGCGGCGGAGAGAAGCGGGGUUCGACUCGAGCCACAGCGAAGAGGAUGAAGACUUUGAUGGAUUUGGAGUGGCAAAAAGUCGUCCACACAAAAAAUCGAAGCCUCUCAAAGACUGUGCUCCUGCACCCAAACCUCUUGUUGGAAAAAUACUCCCCAAGACUUCCCCAAAAUCUAGUGUGAUUGGGAAAAUUGUGCCAAGGAACUCAGAGGAAGAAAAAGCGAUUAAAGUAAAAAGGCCACCAAAGACAAGCAAAUGUUCAGAUGAACAGACAUCAAAGUCAGGUAACAAAGCUAGAGACACACAGCAGGAGGAAAUGUUGAACCCGCUGCUCACCGCAACAGAAAAGGCAAAAACUUCCAAAAUUAAAGUGCGUGAUGAGGUGUCAGAGGAUCCAAUGCCGCCGAGGAAGCGCGGGAAGGGCUGGCUGACAGUGCCGUCUUUGCACCGGCGCCAAAGGAAGAAGAAAGCCGUGGCCUCCUCCCCAGAAAUUGGAGUGGAAGCUGGAGUGCAGAGCGGACAGGGGGCGACGGCAGGGACAUCUCUGGUGCCGUCAAAGCGUCGCACAUUCAAAAGAAACGCCCGCAAGUCUUUGUUUGGCCACAGAAGAAAGCCGCAAAACAACACCUCUCCCGCCAUUGCCAGCCCAAAACGUGUCAAGCGUACAAAGCAUGUUUUUUACACCUACGUUACAGAACCUGCUACUGACACACCACCGCAAGCCGACCCCGGCUCUCUUUUUGAUUCUGUCAACGCCAACCCCGCAGCUGUGAUGACGGCACGGUCGUCACGCGUCAUCAAAACACCAAAAAGGUUCCUGGAUCAGGGAUUGGUCCCCUUUCCAAAGGGCCAUUUGUCCUCAUGGCUGAAGAAUCAACCACAGAGGGAGGACGAAAAGACCAGCACGUCCUCCCACGAAUCUGCAUGUGACGCCGACUCUGUAUCUGUAUUGGAAAGCCCCUCCGCUGUUGCUGCCAAGCUGACACCGCGACCCGGUUAUGGCACCAGUCACCUUGAGUUCUACAAGAACCUGAAGAAGCUCACCUUGAAGCUGGCGGAGAGGAGAGGCCAUUUUGUCCCUCAAAGUGAGGACACGCAUGCCGACGUUUUAACACCACGCAUCAAAAGGAGGCGCAAACCAAAAAUCACCAUGGAAGAGAUGGACUUGCCUGGGGUGGUAAGAAAGCUAGCUGUGUCAGUAAACACUGACGUCAAGACAUCCUCCCAGACCUCGCAGGAAGACACGGACAAAAACAAUGAAGCAGGAAGUGCGGAUGCUCGCCAGGCGGUGGAAAUCUUUCCCGGCUAUCGCGUUGGUCUAAGCGGAGCCAAUAAGCGAAUGCUUCACCUGCUGAAGAAAGCCAAAGUGCAGCUCAUUAAGAUUGAUCAGCAAAAGCAGUUCAAGUUGUCGCAGUUGAGCUCCAGAGAGUCCCAAGUGCCAGUGAGUGGAAGGAGGAAAAGGAGAGUCAACCUGUCUUCUAAACUUGGUAGUUCUCAGGAGCAGCCACUGCGUGGUCCCAGGAUCAAGCAUGUUUGCCGGGCGGCAGCAGUAGCACUGGGCCAGCCCCGCGCCAUGGUGCCAGAUGACAUUCCUCGCCUCAGUGCCCUGCCCCUCCACGAGAGAGAGGGAAUUGCCCUAUCUCCUGCUGUAGAAGAUGUUGCAGAUGAUGAUGAUGAUGAUGAUGAUGACAUCUCUGAUCAAGGCAGGGCUCAGUGGCUUGUCUCUCAGGAACCCCUCCAGUGGCGACGGCGAGGCAGGAGGCGCGGCCGCAAGUUCAGAAAAAGGAAGGUCCUAAGCCGGUAUAGGCCCGGUGGCAGCCGCUCACGACGCUGCGGAACAUGCAAGGGCUGCUUGGUGGACAGAGACUGCGCCAAGUGUGUAAACUGCCACGACAAGCCCAAGUUUGGGGGGCCCAACAAGAAGCGACAGUGUUGCAUAUACAGGAGGUGUGCACGGAUUGAGCAAGCAAAGACAGAGCGCAUUGUCAAACAAUUCACAGGCCGGGCCAGGAAUUUUUGUGCACCUGUGUCGAGCAGCAAGGACAGCAACUGGGGGAAUAGACAGUCAAAGAUGUCUGACACGCCGAAUGAAGUCCGGAAACAGUCCCUGCGCAACGUCACGCCACGCUCCUAUUGGAACCUGCUCAAGUCUGAAUCAGACGAGGAGCAGGAAGAAGUAAAGAAAUCCAAGGCUGACAAGCUGGAUGAUAAACUAGAUGCCCUCUAUCAAACUGGACUAUUAUGUGACGGACGUCCCCAAGAGGCUGUGAAGCAACGUCGGCCAUUCUCUAAAGGAGUUCCAGGCAGACCUAGAAAUAAUAAGGGACAGCAGAACCCGGAAGAGAUGGAGCUCAGCGAUUUUUACCCUCAUCCCGGCCCACUUGGAACCCCCCUGCCCAAGCUGCAGCAGCAGCUCCGAAUACACUUAUACCGCCUACCUGAUUCUUACCUGCAGUCGCCCCAGUGUCUGGAUCCAUACCUUACAUACUCUCAGCCUGUAACACAGACUAAUGUUCCACAUGAAUUGCAUGCUGUAACGACCUCCAUGCUGCCAUCAUCCCAACUUCCAGUAGACCUUCCUCUGCAGGCGUCUGCCCCUGAAACACAGCCUUCUUCACUUCAUUUCCAAAUGCAAGCCCCACGACACACUCCUGUGUUGCGACUGUGCCGCUUGCCUCAGUCUAUGGUGCACGCUGCCUUGCAAAAAAACGCGUCAUCAUCAUCUCUACCAUCCCCAAAAUCGGCGUCACGCUCUGCUUUGACAGAGGUGAUGGCCACUUUGUGGUUUCAAGGGUGCGCGCUGUCACAACUGCCACCCAUUGAUGUUUUAACCAAGAUUGCCCAAACCAACAAAGGGCAAAUUGUGGACGGAAUGACGCAAAAAUGCCAUCAGCUUGAAGAGUCACAGGAUGGGACACAAACAAAGCGGGAGGAUGAACCCAAAGAGAAGGACACUUCUGCAAAAGAGACGUUGCUGCAAAGGCCUGCAGGAACUGACGCACAUUGUCUACUUCAUUCCCAGAAUGCUCCGGAGUACGUGUCAGUGAACGCCCCCUUGGGUUUCACUAACGGAUUCCCCCAGAAGGGCAUGGUCCAAGACCAGAGCAAGAUCCGAGUAGAUUUUAAGGAGGACUGUGCUGUGCAGAAUGUGUGGUUGAUGGGCGGGCUCAGCAUCCUCUCAUCUGUCCCGACCACACCUCAACCCGUCUGUCUGCUCUGUGCCAGCAAAGGUCGACAUGAUAUGAUUUACUGCCAGAUAUGCUGCGAGCCUUUCCACAAUUUUUGCCUCACGGCUGACGAGCGCCCUCUGGAGGAGAACAAGGAGAACUGGUGCUGCAGGCGCUGCACAUUCUGCCACGUGUGUGGGCGUAGAAGCAAAAAUUCAAAGCCUGUGCUGCAAUGCAGAAAAUGUCAAACAUCCUACCAUGCUUCUUGCCUGGGACCAACAUACCCAAAGCCCGUAAACUGCAAGCUGCCCUGGGUCUGUAUGACGUGCAUUCGUUGUAAAAGCUGCGGUGUUACGCCUGGAAAGUCAUGGGAAGUUUCUUGGAACCACGAAGAGAACUUUUGCCCCGAUUGUUCCCUUCUCCAUGACAAAGGUCACUUCUGCCCAGUCUGCAACAAGUGUUACGAUCACUGCAGCCGGCCUGCGCAGAUGAUUCGAUGUUCCAAAUGUUGCCACUGGGUGCAUCAUGCAUGUGAGGGGCUUUCUGAGGAGCUUUACAGCUUGCUGUCGAGCCAACCUGAUAGCGGGGCGUUCAUCUGCUCUCCCUGCUGCCAGCAUGGCAAAGAAAACUGCACCUUGAAGGAGCAGUUGCACGACCGGCUGCUGGUCAGCUUGGAGGAGGUUCUUACUGGCCUUCUCACCUCUAACGUCAGCCAGCCCCUCACGCUCUGUAAAUUGUGUCUAGAAACAAACAGGGCAGAGUAUAACAGUGAACAACCAUCAGUUUGUGACCUACAAGCCAUGCACACAAAGUUAAAAGGAGGCGGCUACUCGUCCAUUAAAGCUUUCCACGUAGACUUUGUCUUUAUGAUGAGGACGUGGCUCAAGAAGGAGGCUUCUCUCUUUGAGGAUGCUAGAGAGCACUAUGUCAAAUUGAUGGUGCAAGUAUUCAGCUGGCUGCCCGCACACUACAAAAAGAAGUUUUGCUCAUUCUCUGAGCAACCGCCAAGUGCAACGUUCCCAGAAGCAGUUCACCCGCCUUCCAAAGAGCACAGCUAUGCACAGUGGAUCAAGAGGGCGCACCAGCCCCGGGAGUGUAGAGGGGCAUAUGCGGGGAAAGCUGGCUUCCUAGGUGUGAAAAAUCAUCUGGAGGCCAAAGAUUGCCGGCAGUGUGCUUUGUGUCAACAAUCCGGCGACUCUGUUCCCAGAGAAGCAGGCCGGCUGUUAUACUUGGGCCAGAAUGAGUGGGCCCAUAUCAACUGCUGUCUUUGGUCCGCCGAAGUUUAUGAGAACAACGGGGCUCUUUUCCGAGUACACACUGCUGUUUCCAGGGGGCGCCACUUGCGUUGUGAUCGUUGCGGGCAGUCGGGAGCCACUGUGGGGUGCUGCCUCUCCACCUGCCAGAGUAAUUUCCACUUUAUGUGCGCUCGAGCCCAAGACUGUGUGUUCCAGGAGGACAUGAAGAUGUACUGCUUUAAGCAUAAGGACCUUGUCAGCGUGGAGAUGGUGUCUGGGCAAGGAUUUGAAGUCCCCCGGCGGGUCUAUGUGGACUUUGAAGGGAUCACUCUCAAAAGAAAGUUCCUCACAGGACUUGAGCCUGAAUCUAUAAAUAUGACCAUCGGGUCUCUGCAGAUUCAGAAACUUGGUGUGUUGUCCGAACUCUCAUCUAAUGGGAGGACGUUAUAUCCUGUUGGAUACCAAUGUUCACGGUUAUACUGGAGCACCGUGGAUCCACGCAGACAAUGCAAGUACACCUGUAAGGUAACAGAAGUAAGCACACCGCUCCCUGCUGAGGAGCAGGAUCUGAAGUACGAUCAGGAGGAGAAUCACACCAUAGUCCACAGUCCUAACCUAUACAGGGAUGUGGAGACCCCAGAUUGUUUUAGCACCUCAUCCAGUCCACUCACCUCCGCUACCCCGUCCCCUAAUUCCAAACACAAUGCACUCGGAUCCAAACAUGCAAGCUACACGCAGACCAGGAGACCAGCAGGGGGAUCAUCCCGACCCCUCCCUUCUCCAGGUUCAGGCUCUUCCAAAUCGCAUCAAAUUCUCACCCUGCGGGACCUGGACAACAGCCCACGACGUAGAAGGCUGUCGUCAAGGAGCCGCUGUAGCGCCUCUCCGACUGAGAACGACCCCUCUGCCUUGCGCUCUGGCGGAGCCGUCCUCUCUCGAUGCGCCCUGUUCAGCUCCCCUCCAAGAUCCUCAAACUUCCCACCAUCCUCUCCGCCCUUGUCGAGGCAAAACUCGCUCUCCCCAGUCUGGAGCUCCCCAUCUCGAUCCAUUUCUGCAGCGUUCUCUCCUCUCCACGUGUCCCCCAAAGGGAGGCACGCCUUCAAGAUAACCACUCCAGUGUCUGCUGAGGUUCCCCAAGACUUCUUAGCGUCAUCCGAGGCAGAGGAAGCUGCCGUGGCUACAACAAACGGGAUCUCACUUGCUCCUGACAAAACAGAGGAAGUGGCGCACCUGAUGGCACAGGACCUGCCCUAUACUGUGUUGGACACCGACACUGAGGUAGCGGUGGCCUCUGUUUUGAACACCCAACUAAUGUUUGACGAGACUCUGCUCACUGAUAACAUAGUGUUGAACUGCGGUGCGCAGGGCGUGAGGCUGGAUUCCGACGAGACGGCUGUGGAAAUGCAAAUAAAGAGCCAGAAUGCGGACUCGGAAGAUGACGACGACUCCAGCCAGCGUAUUAAACUCACGCGCACCGUGGUGUGUGAGGCAGUUAGCAGCACACAAAUGUCAACACUUCAUUCGACACCGUCUAUUCCCCAGCUAGACGGGGCGGACGACGGGUCGGAAAGCGACCGAAGCGAGGAGGCAGACGACGACAAAGUUCGACGUGGUGAAAGUUCUCCAAUUCUCGCCAAUCUCAGGACGCCUACUAAGCAGCUGACGGUUGCUCUCAAGAGGUUGGAGUCUGCUUACGAGGUGUCGACGUCGCAACAAGGUCAAAGCGAGGCGAGUGAGUUCCAGGAAGAGUCAUCACUGCCUGUUUUUCUCGACGCUUUCGACCCGCACAUGUCUCUUCAAACCGAGGAGGUUCUCAUAGACAAUGAGACAUCUGCCAAAGAUGUAUUUGUCGAGUCAAACAACGUCUCCAAUCCUGACAAUGAUGAUGUGUCUUCCACAGACUCCACCGAGGGAUUUAAAGAUGAUGCAAAGGACCUGGACUACACCCCAAAGCCUACAAGCCCAGCACAAAUGAAAAAAAUAAUUGUAAAGAAAGUACGCCACACUCCCAGCCCCCAAAAGUCGUGUCUCUCACCUCAGCAGCACAAAAUUAAAGUGAUCUUGCCCUCUCGGUCAGCACAGGUUGUGAACAACACCUCCAUGGGCAUGACCCCUUCCCCCUGUCCAGUCACCGCCCCUAUUGUGUUCAACGGGACAAGCACUCUAAAUGUCUCACCUGGAGCCAUGCGUGGCAAAACCAUUUCCAUUCGUUUGGACAACUCAAAGCCUGGAGUGCAGCAGCAAGCACAGCUGGUAGUUCCCAACCAGGCAGCGCAUGCAACCCCUCCGUCGACUCCCCAGGUCCUGCUAGUCAACAGUCAGGGGCAGAUUCUGCGCAAAGACUUAAAAACCAACACCUAUCAGACGCUCAGUUCAACUUCCCCCACCUAUAGUAAGAUAAGUCAGAUUGCUAAGAUGCUCCAUGGUCGUAACUCCGCGCAGCAAAUAGCCCCUCGUGUGACCAUCAUGCCCUGCACUAGCGCACACGCUACCAACGUCCUCCCUGCUGGAAGCCACAUGCCAUUACCACCCAACAACAAAAAAGUAAUUUACAGAGUGGUGCCCAUGAAACGCAUUACAACUCUGAGUCCACCCACCCAUGCCACGGCCCCAGUCACUGUGCUCUGUGAUUCCAACCCGAGUUCCGCCCCCUACCCCAUCACAUUGCGCCAUGAUCCUGACCCCAGUCCCGCCACUUCCCCCGUCACAUUGCGCUUUGAUCCUGACCCCAGUCCUGCCCCUUCCCCUGUCACAUUGCACCUUGAUCCUGAGCCCAGUCCUGCCCCUUCCCUCAUCACAUUGCGCCAUGAUCCUGAGCCCAGUCCUGCGGCGACCACCGUCACAUUGCACCGUUAUCCUGACCCUGGUCCCGCCCUGUCCUCUGUCACAUUGCGCUGUGAUCCAAACCCCAGUCCUGCCCUGGCUAUGUCUGAGGACAGGACCACCAAAACAAUGGCCUCCCAUCAUGACCCUCUAAAGACAAUGCCCAUCAUCUUGAAUGUUGCUAAACGCAUGAGGACCAAGCGUCAUACAAUACGAGUUCAGGACCAUGAACAUUAUUCUGCUGUCGCAGGCUCUGAGUGCCCAAGUGACUUGCGCGGGGUGCCCGCUGACAAUCUGCAGACAACUCCUGGACUUAUGCCACCUCAAGUGCGUGACAAGCGCAUCAUUCCAUAUCAAAAGAGGAAAAAAUCCAAAGUGGACUUUUUAAGCGAGCCUGCCGAUGAACUUGAAGAUGAAUGUCAGGAUUCCAGUGUUUUUCCUUGCAGUGGUGUGAAAAGACAAGCUCCGCCUCUGAAAAACCAUCCCAACGAGGAAAGUUCAACCACACCUCUAAUGUUGAGAAUUACUCCUCCAACUUCUUCAAGGCAUGCUAAGUUAGAGAUUCGACCUGCUCCUUCACCAGCUACUCAAGGUAGGGUGCACACGUGGGUCAGUGCUCGCCAUGGUAACCUCUCUGAUUGGGAGCCUGUUGCAGGCGGUAGUUCAGAGGAUGAGGUCCCUUUGCCCAAACACAGAAAGAGAACCUACACAAACCAGCCUCACCUGCGUUUUGAAAUCACCAGUGAUGAUGGCUUCUGUGUUAAAGCCAACAGUAUGGAGGUCGCUUGGCGUGCCGUCAUCGAGGGCGUUCUGGAUGCCCGGGCUGACUUCCACAUGAAGCAGCUGCCUCUGGGCAUCAUGUGCGGGCCGCGGGUGCUAGGCGUGGUCCACGACGCCGUCAUUUUUCUGCUGGAGCAGCUGCAGGGCGCCGCCAAUUGCAAGAGCUACCGCUUCCGAUUCCACCGAUGCGACAACAUCGAGGAAGAGCUUCCACUUAACCCAAGCGGCUGCGCCCGGGCUGAAGUCUACACGCGGAAAGCAACAUUCGAUAUGUUCAACUUCCUGGCUUCUCAGCACAGAGCACUUCCUGACAUAGUUGGACUGUAUGAUGAAGAGGAGGAUGAAUUCCCGCUCAAGUCGUCCAGGCGAGCCACCAGCAGUGAGCUUCCCAUGGCCAUGAGAUUCCGACACCUGGAGAAAACUUCCAAAGAAGCAGUUGGCGUUUACAGGUCUUUAAUUCAUGGUCGAGGCCUUUUCUGCAAGAGGAACAUAGAAGCCGGAGAAAUGGUGAUCGAGUACGCUGGCACCGUCAUCCGCGCUGUCCUGACAGAUAAGCGGGAGAAAUAUUAUGACAGCAAAGGCAUCGGCUGCUACAUGUUCCGCAUCGACGACUUUGACGUGGUGGACGCCACCAUGCAGGGCAACGCGGGGCGCUUCAUCAACCACUCGUGCGAGCCCAAUUGUUACUCGCGAGUCAUCAACGUGGAUGGCCGCAAGCACAUCGUCAUCUUCGCCCUGCGCAAGAUCUACCGCGGCGAGGAGCUGACGUACGACUACAAGUUCCCCAUUGAGGACGCUGAGAGUAAGCUGCACUGCAACUGCGGGACGCGCCGCUGCCGCCACUUCCUCAAUUGAGCAGAUGGAAUGUUGAAGGUACACCUCUGUCACAUGGAGCCACAUGUCUUAUCUCAGAUGAAGACUACUUCCCAUCAAUUGCUGGAAUAACCAACCAGGAACUCAUGGUUUCCAUCCACUCAUCUUUCCACAAAGGCAAGGUUGCAGGGAAAUAUUUAUUCAGCACUUUGCUUUGACUCAGUCCUUUUUGUUUUCUGAAAUUUCAACUCCAAGCUCACCCUUUAUUAUUUGCUUUUUUCCUCUCCUUUUUCUGUGGGUGUUUUUCUUCAAUGAAGAUGCUGGUGACAUUCACCUAAUGUGUUUUAUUGGUGGUCUCUCCAACCCAUUUCACCAUUUUUAUUUCGAAGUCACACAACCCAAAAUGCUUUUAUCCCGCAGUUGCCGUCUUGUUGGUCGUCGUUUUAAUGUGUGUAAGUUAGGGAAGAGUUUCUUGCCUCAAUAAAUAUGAUGCUCUGCACUGUCCCUUAAUCCGAAUCUUGGAAAUCCUCUUUUUUUGUAUAUUUGAACAAUAAAUGUAUAUAUUACAACACACUUUUGUUUUUGGUAUGUAGAAGACUGACAAAAAAUGGAGUCUUGAGUUAUUCCGUUCAAUUUUUAACUGGCUCCGUUGUCGUUCCAAGUAAAUGAAGCAAAUACUGACAUCUAACUUUGAUAUACCUGCAUUACUAAGUAGAGUUCAUACUAACUAUAUUUGAUGUAUUUGGCUUCGUCCAAAUAGGUCUAAAUCUUAUAUUUAGUGGUUACAAGUUUGACUCCGCCCACUUCUUAAAAGCUGUUCAUAUCUUUUUCCAUACUAGGUCAACAUUUUUCUUCCUUUCCUUUUACAUCCUCCACUGUACAUAGUUAUAUAAAAUGCUUUCUAAACCUGUUAAGUAUUUUUCUACCUACGUUCUGUUGUUUUUAUUUAAGUUCAAUAAACCUUUUGUAAGUUUCAAAUUGA